GUAGACUUUUUACGUCGAUCGUACAUAUCGGACGUUCUCUUUUUUUCCGGUGUUUUUUUAAUCCCACGUUGGCCUCUAGAUGGGGCUGUAGCUCUUCCAGUUUGUCUGCUCGUCCCGGCUGCGCCUCCUUCCUUGCGACGAAGCCUGCCGGAGUGAAUCGGCCGCUCGGUUUGCAGUAAUCUCGUCUGCAACCGCCGGCUCGCUCACUCACUCACUCACUCUGCCGUCCGCCAUGGCGACCGCAGAAACUCUCUUAUCCGGUCCGAGCAGCACCUAAAAAGUCACCUGGGCCGCCUGACCGCGUUCCUUAAUUUUGGCCCGCCGCCGGACGUCCAUGUAAUCCACUCGACCGGAGUAUCCGAAGGUGUGGAAUUAAAAAAAAGAGGCAUUUCCAAGGGGGAAAACGCACCGGGUGGGCAGCGAGCAGCGCACGGCAACAUGACAGAUCCCGACCCGGAGCCUGUGACGUCGAGAGCAGGGCACCGUCUCGGGGCCCCGGAGACUCUUGGCAUCAGUACACUAGACCCGGCGCACAGACCCCCGGCCAUGCCCGCCGGAAGGCAUGUCACCAUCAGGGUCCACAUGUUGGAUGACACGGAGGAGCUCUUUGAUGUCUCGGUCAAAGCUUCAGGCAAGGUGCUAUUCGACCUGGUGUGCAGGCACAUGAAUCUCAUCGAGGGCGAUUACUUUGGCUUGGAGUAUCAGAGCCAUCAAAAGAUGAUGGUUUGGUUGGAUCCUAUCAAGCCUAUUAUCAAGCAGCUGAGACGACCGAAGCACACAGUGUUGAGGUUUGCUGUGAAAUAUUUUCCUCCAGACCAUGCCCAGCUGCUGGAAGAGCUGACUCGGUACUUGUUUGCCCUCCAAAUCAAACAGGACCUUUCCAGUGGCCAUCUGACGUGCAAUGACACCAGUGCUGCGUUGAUGGUGUCCCACAUUAUGCAGUCUGAGAUUGGAGACUUUGACGAGGGCCAGUGCCGGUCACACCUCCUCAAUAAUAAGUACAUCCCCGAUCAGAUGCCCUUGAUUGACAAGAUCAUGGAGUUCCACUCGAUGAAUGUAGGUCAGACACCGGCCGAAUCCGACUUCCAAUUGCUGGAAGUGGCGCGCCGCCUGGAGAUGUACGGGAUUCGUCUCCACCCAGCCAAAGACCGCGAGGGCUCGCGUUUAAGCCUUGCCGUGGCGCACACGGGCGUGCUGGUCUUUCAGGGACACACAAAGAUAAACUCUUUCAACUGGUCUAAAAUACGGAAACUGAGCUUCAAGAGGAAACGUUUCCUCAUCAAGCUGAGGGCUGAUGGGAAUAGUUCGUAUCAAGACACUCUGGAGUUUCUCAUGGCCAACAGAGACUGUUGUAAGGUCUUCUGGAAGAUCUGCGUGGAGUACCACGCUUUUUUCCGUCUCUUUGAGGAACCCAAACCCAAGCCCAAACCUGUGCUGUUCACACGAGGCUCCUCUUUCAGAUUCAGCGGCCGCACGCAGAAGCAGGUGAUUGACUUCGUGAGGGAGUCCGAGUUUAAAAAGCUCCCGUUCGAGAGGAAACACAGUCGAGUCCAGCACAAUAGCCGCCUGUCGCCUUUGCCUUCUCCACACCACCAAAAAGUGCCCAAAGAAAGCGGUGCUCUCGGCGACCGAGUUGACGCUCCUUCGCAGCACCAGUGGAAGGAGUCGGCGCUGGUGAGUUCACAAGAAACACCUGAAGCCCCGGUGGGCCCGGCUCACCAGAACAGCGGCCACGAGGACAGAUCGCCAUCCGGGAAGGAGGAGACGAGAGGCUCCACUCGGCCGACUCACCUCGAACAACUGGCAACAGGUUCAGCUUUUCAAGGCGGCUGCUUUUCUACCUGCUCUGAAAAAGAUUCUAAUGUCGGCAUGGACCUGGUUGGUUGGACUCAGAGCUACAUGCAGCAGGUUGCGUUUCAGCAUGGUUCAGACUCGAGAAGCAUGAAUGGGCCUGUGGAGGUCCACCAGGAGGAGUUUCGGGGUAGUAUGAAGUAUAGGGAGCAUUCUAGUUCUUCGGAACCAUCGCAUGUUAUGAUUCCUGAGAUGGGCGUUCCCGCCAUGCUUAGGCCACGUAGUAGAGUUAAACACAGCAGUAGUCCGGUCAUGUUCCAACAUGGAACCGGCUCACCGGUUGCACCCAUCAGUCCUGUUAUGGACACUUUCUGUCCAUCUGGAGCCAUCAGUCAUGCUGAGCAAAAUGGCUAUGCGAGCGCCGAAGCCACCGUGAUCCGCUCUCAUCGCUCUCGGAAGCACCACAAAGCCAAGCACCGCCCUCAUGCCAACCCAAAUCCGGCGACUUCCUUUCCCGGGCGAGAAUCGCAACCCGUGCUGUCUCAUGCCGAGCGAAUGGCUGCUCUAGAGCGCCGCAUGCUAGCCAAUGGGCUCUCAGCGCCAGGCAAAACUAAGGCCGGUCCGGGGCGUAAACGCCAGACCGGAGUCGCGCACGUGGGGGCGGUUCAGAUGAGCGAAGGCUGUAACACAAGUGCUUCAGAGUCCAGUGAGUCUGAAGUGGAGGUCAACAGGGGGGAUGGCAACAGCCAGCUUGUGUUUGGGGAUCAUGUUGAGGCCACUUCAGCCAUACCGAGAAACAAGUUUUCCUUCGGUAGCCUCCAGCUGGAUGAGGAAGCGGACGAGGACGCCUGCCACACCUUCAGCGAUGACGAGAGCUUUCAGAUAAUCAAUGGCUACCUAGUUUUGGAGCUACAUUCCAUUUAUACUUUUUGUUUGAUGCCUUGGCAGAGGUUCCCCACUGACAAGGCCUACUUCAUCGCCAAAGAGCUGCUGACCACAGAGAGGACGUACGUCAAAGACCUGGAGGUGGUGACCGUGUCGUUCCAGAACGUCGUGGGACAGGAAGAGGACACUCCGGAUUCCCUCAAGAAAGCCGUUUUCUCCACGCUUGAGCCGCUGCACAGGUUUCACUCGGGUUUUCUCAGGGAGUUGGAGCAGAGGCUUGCUUUGUGGGAAGGGCGUUCCAAUGCUCACAUUAAAGGAGACUACCAGCGCAUUGGAGAUGUCUUGCUGAAGAACUUACAAGGCUUAAAGCCCCUGACGGUCAACCUGCAUAAACAGGGUGACAUCCUGACGGAGCUGGAGAAGGCGUGCAGGGCGUCACGCAGGUUAGAAGGCCUCUGCCGGGACUUUGAGCUGCAGAAGGUGUGCUACGUGCCGCUCAACGUCUUCAUCCUGCGCCCUCUGCACCGCCUCAUACAUUACAAGCACAUCCUGGAGCGUCUGUGCAAACAUUACCCGGCGACUCAUGUGGACUUCAGGGACUGCAGAGCUGCCCUGGCGGACGUGUCCGAAGUGGUGGAGCAGCUCCAGGGCAGCAUUGUGAAAAUGGAGAACUUCCAGAAGCUGUUGGAGCUGAAGAAGGAUCUGAUUGGUGUGGACAAUCUUGUUGUUCCGGGUCGGGAGUUCAUCAGGUUUGGCUGCCUUAGCAAGUUGUCUGGAAAAGGUCUACAGCAACGAAUGUUUUUCUUGGACAACCGCAUCAUGUUUAAUCCUCCCUCGCGCAAUCUCUCCUUUUCCCGUCUAUUUUGGUCCCCGCUGUCCUACUUACUGCCACCCAUCCUCUGCCUGUGUGUCUCCUUCCAGAUCAGAGAGAGUGAAGAUGAGUGGGGUGUUCCUCACGCCUUCACUUUGGUCAGCCAGCGGCAGUCUGUGGUGGUCGCAGCCAGUUCUCUGUCCGAGAUGGAAAAGUGGAUGGAGGACAUUGAGAUGGCGGUAGAAAUGGCAAAAUUCAACAAUGGGCCUUCUUCUGAUCUGAUGAGCUGUAAGCUAACUGACAGCAAAUGCCCAGAGGAGUUGUCAGCAGAAGGGGAGUCCGAAGAAGAUACGCUGACGUCGCACACCUCCCCGGAGAGGGCCGCCUCUCACCGCGGUAACACUAUGGUGCACGUGUGCUGGCACAGGAACACCAGCGUGGCCAUGGUGGAUUUUAGCAUAGCUGUGGAGAACCAGCUCUCAGGCAACCUAUUGCGGAAGUUCAAGAACAGCAACGGCUGGCAGAAGCUGUGGGUGGUCUUCACCAACUUCAGCCUGUUUUUCUACAAGUCCCACCAGGAUGAUUAUCCACUGGCCAGCCUUCCCCUCCUGGGUUACUCUGUCACCAUUCCCUCCGAGUCAGAGAACAUCCACAAGGACUAUGUCUUUAAACUCCAUUUCAAGUCCCACAUCUACUACUUCCGGUCGGAGAGCGAAUACACCUUCGAAAGGUGGAUGGAGGUGAUCCGCAGCGCAACAGCCCCCUCGUGUCGCUCUCGGGUGCAGAACAACAAGGAUCACCACGCGCAUUGAGUUGGACUCCGUUCAAUUUUCACACACGUGGGACAUCCGUCCAUGUGCCCGCGCACAUGCUGGUGCUUUUUUACUGUUCUAAAAUGGUGGCACGUCCGCUGGUUUCGACUGCAUCAGAGACUGCGUUUCUUCUCCUGGCAUUUUUAUAGCUCAACUCCGAAACCUUUUUGAAAGGAUGUCAUUUUAUACCGUUUUGUAAUAAUCACACCCACUUCUAUGCCUCGAUUUGAUUGUUUGUUUUUUUCCUCCCCCAUUUUGUUUUUACAGUAGAAAAAUGUCUGUAUACUCUCUUCAAUGGCCUUUUUUGUCGUUCACUUUGCAGGAAACUUCGCUUGUGGUGCCAAACAAUUAUGUCACACUCCUUGUUUAAUUUUUUUUUUCUUUUUGUUUUACUUUAGAAGAAUGUUACCUUUACGGUACGCUCCAAAAUUCAAGUCCGUGUGUAAAACAGGCCACCCUUUAAAACUGAAUGUUGUGCUACUGGCCUGGCUUGUUUCUUAAUAAAACUGUAUGAUCACACUGUAAAA